UCGAUGCGCCCCUUGCAGGAGCCGCUCUUGGGUCUGGCACACGGCACUUAUAAACUUCCACACCGCGCAGAAAAAGAAAAGACCAAAAGGAUUACAACAUGAGCAGCCGUCAGUCAUCGUCUUCCUACAAGAGGAUUUUCGGCGGACCUACCGUCGUGUCCAGCCGGACCUCUUACAGCAGCCGCCAGUAUGCCAGUCCCCCCGUCCGUUCCAGGGUGUCCUACAGUACCCGCAGCGCGCCUUCUCUCUAUGCCACUAAAGCCACGUCGGUGAGACUCCGCAGCAGCGCGCCCAUGCCCAUGCUCUCGUCGGAAACGCUCGACUUCGCCCUGACCGAUGCCAUCAACACGGAGUUCAAAGCCAACCGCACCAACGAGAAGGCGGAGAUGCAGCACCUGAACGACAGAUUCGCCAGCUACAUCGAGAAAGUGAGGUUUCUGGAGCAGCAGAACAAGAUCUUGUUGGCCGAGUUGGAGCAACUCAAAGGCAAGGGCACCUCACGCAUCGGGGACCUGUACGAGCAGGAGAUGCGGGAGCUGAGGCGCCAGGUGGACCAGCUGACCAACGAGAAAGCCCGCACGGAGGUGGAGCGCGACAACAUGCUCGACGACAUCCAGAGGCUCAGGGACAAGCUUCAAGAUGAGAUGGUGCAGCGAGAGGAAUCUGAGACCACCUUGCAGAGUUUCAGACAAGAUGUGGACAACGCUUCCUUGGCACGCCUGGACCUCGAGCGCAAGGUGGAGUCCCUGCAAGAAGAAAUUGCCUUCCUCAAGAAGCUCCAUGAGGAGGAAAUUGCUGAGCUCCAAGCCCAGAUUCAGAAUCAGCACAUCCAGAUCGACAUGGACGUGGCCAAGCCGGACCUCACUGCUGCCCUGCGGGACGUGCGCCUGCAGUACGAGAACCUCGCUGCCAAGAACAUCAACGAAGCUGAGGAUUGGUACAAGUCCAAGUUUGCAGAUCUUUCUGAAGCUGCUGUCCGCAACACUGAUGCCCUUCGCCAGGCCAAGCAGGAGAGCACCGAGUUCCGCCGUCAAGUGCAGGCCCUGACCUGUGAAGUUGAUGCCCUUAAAGGAACCAACGAGUCUCUGGAGCGCCAGAUGCGUGAGAUGGAAGAGAACUUUUCCGCCGAGGCAGCCAACUACCAGGACACAAUCGCCCGUCUACAGGAUGACAUCCAGAACAUGAAGGAGGAGAUGGCCCGCCACCUGCGCGAGUACCAGGAUCUGCUGAAUGUCAAGAUGGCCCUGGAUAUUGAGAUCGCCACCUACAGGAAGCUCCUGGAAGGCGAGGAGAGCCGGAUCUCCGCACCACUGCCCGCCUUUGCUUCUCUGAACCUGAGAGAAACCAGCCUGGAGUCGAGGCCCAUUGCCGACUCCGUGUCUAAGAAGGUGCUCAUCAGGACCAUCGACACCAGAGAUGGCCAGGUCAUCAGUGAAAGCACCCAGCACCAUGAAGGCCUUGACCUGGACCUGGACCUGGAAUAAGCAGAAGGAGCAGUGCAGCCAGCCAGAAGACAAUCUCCGUUUCCUGAAGAGACACACACACACACCACACACACCAAACACACCCAACACACACAGAGCUUUCAAGUGCCUUUCUGCGGUUCUGUGAGGAGCGCCACAUAGAAUUCUGUUAGAAUGUAGCCUUUGUAGGUCGGCGGAGGCCUUCGUGACCACUCCUGUUCUUCAGGACAGCCAGCCACCGAGCCUCUAGCUUACCACUUAGAUCAUUUUGGCAGCACCUUGGCAACACUUUCUUUUUUAUUCCAAUUAAAAUUGCUUUUUCCACGUGAUGUGAAUGCUGACCCGAGUUGACGCUUGAGAAAGUCAAUAAAGGUGUGGGAAAAAAAA